AUGCCAGAUGUAGUUGUGAUGCCGCGCAGUGUCGAGGAGGUGGCGGGGGUAGUGCGGAUGUGCAAUGACGGUGGCAUUCCCGUGGUACCUUUCGGCGCCGGUACUGGUUUGGAAGGCGGUGUCAACGCAGUCAUGGGGGGUGUGUCCAUGGAUAUGAUGUCAAUGGAUAAGGUUGUUGAAGUGAAUAGUAGCGAUUUUGACUGCAUUGUUGAGCCAGGAGUGACGCACGAAGCACUAAAUAAGCGACUGCAUGAUACCGGGCUUUGGUUCUCUGUUGAUCCGGGUGCUGAUGCUUCAAUAUGUGGGAUGGCUGCGACAGGUGCAAGUGGCACAAAUGCAGUGCGCUAUGGUACAAUGCUUCAUAACAUAUUGAACCUUCAGGUAAAUCCUGGUUAUCUGCUCGAGCACUUCAGUUGUGGUGGACCUGGAGGCGCUUACUCAAUGCUAAAGCAUGACAGAGAUUUCCGUUUUAUAUUAUUUAUUCAUAUGAUAUUUGCCAGGAAGUCAGCGGCGGGUUAUAAUUUGACGAAGCUGUUUAUUGGAUCCGAGGGUACGUUGGGAGUGAUAACGCAAGCAACAGUACGUUUGCAAGCGAGGCCAGCUGUCUGCAGUGUAGCCAUUUGUCCGUUCCCAACGGUCAGUAAAGCAAUUGAAGCUGUCGUCGCGACAAUACAGUGUUCUGUGCCUAUCGCUAAAAUAGAAUUUUUGGAUGCCACUACAGUAGCAGCAUGCAACAAGUACAGUAAAUUAACGCUUGCCGAAUCGCCGACACUGUUUCUGGAAUUUCAUGGUAAUUCGGAAGCUGAAGUGGCCUCACAAGCAAGCUUAGUUGGUAGAAUUUUGCUUGUUGCGUUUGUUUUACAGUUCACAUCUUUUGCAGUGGUUCUCUUCGAGCAGCUCCACUGCUCUGCAUGA